AUGACCGAUGAGCGUUGGAAGCCCGGUGAGAAAUUGCAACGCUUCUCUCUCAACGACUUUGCCUUCAUUGAACAACAGUCUGGUCGCGCUCAAGCGACACUUCUAUUCGCAGCGAUCUUGCGCGAUAUUUUCAAUCAUCCAGACUGGUCGCAGUUGUAUGCUUUCUUCAGCAAGCGAUUUCCCCAGGGACAGAAACCGGACGAUGCCAGCGUACGGACUCUGGACCCGCCCAAAGAACAAUCCGCCUGGAAACAGCCCACCGUGGUCGAGUUUAUGACUGACCCCAGCUCUGUCGGGCUGCCCAAGGAUUUGGUCACCCUGCUUGCCAAUGCCGGUCGCACCUCGCGCGCGGGCCUGAUGGGUCCUGACCCGCAGCCUUGCGCAAUCGGCCCUGCCAUCAGUGUAGCCUGCGGCGCGGCGGCCUACAUGGACCUCACUUAUGCGGGCCGGCCACCGGGGCAUUAUGACGAGAUGACCUACAUAAACGGUGAACUGUAUGGCUGGAAGAAGGACAAGUUCGACGUCAUGGCAAGCGCUAUCUCAACGACCAAGAAGGGUGGAAGGGAUCGAUACUGGGCUGAGUGGGCAAAUCUAUGGUCUGUCAUCGCCGCAUGGGUAUACGAGUAUGACAGCACGGCGCUUCAAUUGGGUCAUCUGAGCUCUCAUAGCUUCAAAUAUCGGCUGAGUCGGGAGGAAGAGCACUCAUUCGAUCGUUUCGGCAAGAUCCCGCGAAAUUUUCUCAAGACGGAUGCCAUCGCUGCCGCUGAUGCAAUUCACGAUGUCUUCGCCCAGCUGGCUAAAGAACCGCGGCGUUACCAAGGAGUUGAAUGGGAUUUUCUGGAGCUAGCGGUGCCACUGGAGGUAAGAGAGGCUUUUUACGCUCGAUUUGGCCAUAAGGGCACCGAUCACGAUGAGAACCGUGCUCUGCUGGUACAGAGAAUUCCCGGACCAGGGCGGGAUUCUCUUGCGUACGGGGACUCGUUGGCAUACGAGGAGGUCAGCCCAAUGGCUCUCAAGCGCUGUCCGGAGACUUUCUUUGGAGCUAGCUGGGAAACAUGGCUCUUGUCAAUUGAGGGAGGAGAUGUAGUCGUCGUGGAGACGCUAUUCCAGGCAAGCCCUUUGGGCGGUGAUGUUGUUGUCUCAGCUUCCUCUGAAUAUCAAGAUCAUCGGGAGGGGUGA